AUGAAUUCGAAGGAUAAGGAAAAAGUGGAAGAGGUGUUGGAAGUUGGGGCUGACUCUAAUGUGCAAGCCUUGAUUGUUGCAGAGUCUGUGAUAGAGGAGCCUGUGUUGGUAAUGGAUGAAGGGUGUAGCUCUGAACCAGUGCCUGAGGAUGAUGGUUUUAAGGUUGUUACAGGGAGGAAGCACAGAGUUAGGGCUCCUGAUCCUACGUCCAGUGCAAAGAGUCCAUGGAAUCUGUCUCCCAGUCAGAAGAAGGUUCAACUGGAUGAUAAAGCUUUCCCAUCAUUGAGCAAGCCAGUUUGGAGGAUGAGUAUUGAACCGCCACAGCCUGCUAAAGGUAGGGGGCGGGGUAAGAAGAAGAAAUGA